UUUUACAGUAUUUCUGUGAAGACUUGAAAGAUGGCUUCAAUGACAACCAUGCUGUGUGUCGCCAUUGUAGUGCUGCAGUUAAUGAUUAGUUAUACCGUGUCCGAAAUGAGCCAAGAAUCGGUGGUUGUAAUAGAAAACGGAAUAAGCGGGGGAGAAAAUAUUUUUUCAUUCUUCUCGUCGCUCGGCGAUGCAGAGAACAGUAAGAUAUUCGACGGUUUGGGGAAGAUGGCAAAUUUUCUUGGUGCAGCUGGAGGUCUUGUGUCUUUUGCCUUGUCGUUUGUUCCAAAAGCUGACUCGGACGAGCUAAAAUACAUGAAGAAAAAGUUUGCCGAAGUGAAUAGGAAGCUCGACAAGAUCACGUUGGAGCUAGAUGACGUGAAGGAUCUGAUCACUUAUGAAAAUCAGCGCGCUGUAUAUGUUGGCUCGGCCAACAAAAUCAAGUUUGCUCAUAAACAAUUGUUAGAGUUUCUGAAUGAGUUGCAGAAUACGUCGUGCACGGACGAGAACACUUGUAAACGCGAGAAGUCAAAAGUUGGAUACAAGUUUGUGAAUGAUUUUGACGUAAAAAAAGACAUCUUCAAAAUAUUGAACGGUGCCGUUAAAACAACAGAAAUAUUCACAGAUCCACUUAUUUCUUUGGUAAAGAAAACAUUCAAAUGUGAUGUCGGCAAGAUAGACCACUUGGUAAAUGGCAUCGUGAAAUUGGCUUUUACGGCGCAGCAAGCGAUUCUGGCACAUGAGAAACUAUUUGGGACUAAAACUAGUAUAACUCAAAGCAUGAAUGUUUGGCUCAAACAACUCUAUGAUCUACGAAGCAGCGUCUAUAUCACCAAAAAGCAGUGUUUUGAUAAAAUUCCAGAAUACAUUAUUCGUGAUAUAAAUGACAAGAAAUAUCAAUUUGAUGUUUCCUCAAAUGUUAAAGCAAAUCGAGAGAUCAAGAAAUUCAUGGAAAAGAAAUACAUCUGGGUUGAUUGGGUAAGUUAUAACUUUUAUGAAAUAUUACGCCUAUAA